GUGAAACACGGAAUGGAAGCAGAUUGAAGUCCCCCAUCUCUAAACCAGGUCGGUUUCUAAAGAAUAGUGUCGCUACUAAGAAAUAUCAAAGAUGGCGGAAUCCUAUGAAUUCCUUCCCAUAUAAAUAUAUCUCAACAUCAUAUGCCCAAACCCAUCCAUUCCAUUCAAAACAUCCCAAUUACUAAAGAGUAAGCAAGCAAUGGCAGGAAGAUCAAGAACCAACGUACCUGCUACUAUCUACAAGGAUUUCCAACCUCUAAUCCAGCGAAAGGAUGAGCAAGGAUCUUAUGUCCUUGUUAUUAAUCUUCCAGGUUUUCCAAAGGAGCAAAUUAACGUAACCUAUGUGGAUUCCACACGCACCAUUAAAGUUGAAGCAGAACGAGCAGUGGAGAAGAACACACGCAGUCGAUUCAGUGAAACUUUCCCUGUCCCUGAAAAUUGUAUCACUCAAAAAAUUCAGGGUUCUUUCAGAAAUGGUGUUCUCACCAUCACCAUGCCCAAACGAACCAUUACUCAGCCGCAGCCGCAGCCGCAGCCCCUCCCUUCUCCACCAAUGCCAACGGCUCAGGCUCAAACUGCUGCUGCUUCAGCCUCCGGCAUUGAAAAACAAAGAGGCCAAAAAGAACCGUCACCUCCACCAAAGACUGUAUCUGAGCCUAAACCACCAAUGGCGACGACGGCUCCUCAGGCUCAAACUGCUGUAACUUCAACCUCCGGUGUUGAAAAACUAAGAGACCAGAAAGUACCGUCUCCUCCACCAAAGGCUGUAGCUGAGCCUAAACCACAAAUGGCGACGGCGGUUCCUCAGGCUCAAACAGCUGUAGCUUCAGACUCCAGUAUUGAAAAACAAAGAGACCAGAAAGUACCGUCACCUCCAAAGGCUGUAACUGAGCCUAAACCACCAAUGGCGACGGCGGCUCCUCAAUCUCAAACUGCUGCAACUUCUCCGCAAAAACAGGCUAAAGGGAAGAAGAAAGUUGAGGCAUUGCCGCCGUUAAAGAAACAAGAAGAAACUCAAAAGAAAGUUUAUCCCAUCGGAGAUAAUACCACAAAGCAAGCCGAAGAAAAAAGUACUGGUGGUAGUGGUCCUACGACGUCGACUACGCCUGGAAUUGUUGAUAAAAAGGGUGAAACCGAAACUAAAGAUGGGUUAAAGGAUUUAGUGAAAGAACAAAAGACUAAAGAUUCCAUGUCGGAAGCCAGUGUUCCGAAGGCUUCGGAGAAGGCUGGCGUCGAAAAGAAGCCGCAAGAGGGCAGCGGUGGGUUGCUGGAGAAAGCCAAGGAGAUGAGGGGUAUGGACAGAAUAAUGAAGAGCGUGAAAAGACUGACCAGUGACGAGGAUGAGGAUCGGCAGUUGCUGAUAAAUAUAGGGGUGUCGGUUUUGGUGAUAGUGGCACUUGGAGCUUACAUUACAUACAGUUAUCGAUCAUCUGGGAAAGCUAAACACUAGUGGUGUUUAAACUUUAAAGGGCAAACCUUAAAUAAUGGCUGAAAGGUGUUAUGAUUAUGAAUAGUAUGAUUUAUAUUUUACUAUCCAUGUGUUUGAGAUAUGUUUUCUAUAUAAUCUUUUAAAUACCAA